AUGACACUUUACAGGAGUAUCGUAAAUUCCGGGCGCUCCAACAAUCCUCCUGUGAAACACCAACAACGUCCAACCAAAAAGCCAAAGACUAUUAAACCUGAAUUAAGAGACAAGUCGAAGUAUAAUCAUGUUAUUUCCACAACUGAAUCCACCGCUCCAGACGACACCGAUCAAUACCUCGGAAAAGUGCCUUACAAUCCCGAAGGCAGCAGGCUGUUUUUGUAUGAUUCAAAUGGUACAAGUGAUAGUUUUUGGGAUAGCUCAAUCAUCGGUGUCGAUGAUGAAGUAUCUGCAUCAGUUUUCCUCCAAUGUGUUGACAGUAAUCCUCGAGACACGCUCCAACCGUAUAGGAGAAAGAUUUUUCCUUGUACAAAACCACGAAAUCCACCACCUGCUGUAGGCGAUGUUAAGACUCAACAAACUGAUGGGAAGGCUAGCAUUCGACCAGACGUCAGCGUUGAUACUGAGCUUCAUGCACAUGAAGAUAUGUGCCAGCACAAACAAUGCGAUCAAAACACAGGUAAAGAGGUGGAUGUUACAUUGAAGACCCUCUCAAUGCUCGACGACACUGUCUUUCUGGAUGACACACCAGGAAAUGAAUCCUCCAUGACUAUCGAUCUUCAAGCAUUGAAGGAAGAAGUGGACAGAGCUAAUGAUCUUUCUACUGCAAGACUUGAGUUGUUGGAAAGACCAAGUCUCAUUCCCUCUCAGCGGAAAUUUUCCAUGGAGCUUAAGUGUAAUUCGCAGAUUACUGAGACCAUUGUUGAGAAUAAAAUUUCACACCGAACGUCGGAGUUUGUGGCACAGAUGUCCGCUUCUCUAUCAUCCGCUCCAAGCUACCACCAAGGUAUCAUUCCUGAGGUUGGGCCUUUGGCCUUAAACAUGUCCAAUUCAGGUGUGGAAAGAAAGAACUCCCACAAGACUAUCUGGCAACGCCUUUUUAGGCGAAGUUCUAAAAGUGCCUCCAAAGAUUCUGAAGAGUUGAGCAAAAUAAAUUCAAAAUCGAGAACUUUUGGAAGCACCAGUCCUUCUCUGGAGGUGACAACACAAAAGACGCUGAAUACCUUCAAAAGUCAUUCAAAUAACACCAGGAAUGCAAAGCAGGAUGCUCGUUAUAAUCCACCCUCACCUUUUGAAGUAGCAAAAGCACAGAGAUCCGGUUUAAAGGAGGAAAUUGUGCCUAUGGCGUCCAAGGGGAAUCAAACUGAUUUCAGAACUAAAAAACGAAAAUUUUCAAAAGCGAAUAGGAUGCAUGCUUCUUCUGAAUCACCACACCUGGUUCAGUGGCAGUCUUUAAGCAAAGAAGGGUCUUUAUUUUCUGUUAAUCCCAAAGAAGGCAACAGACAAAACUCCAAGGAAUUAGCAACGAUAAAAUCCGGGAACUUGGAACAAAAUACAUCUAAAGUAAUUUCUGUGGAGGUGAGCAAUUCCUCAAUCGCAAGUGCGGAUAGCGAUCUCGUCUGCUUUGUUCAGGUAGCAAAGACAAUUUCCGUCGAAAAUAGCCCACCAAAGUCGGCUAAAAAGGCGUACGAGGAGAAGGAAGCCUAUAACACACAAAAAACGAUCCUUCCAACUAGUUGUGUAAAAGAAGGAGAGGGAGUGAGGGAAGGUUGCACUAAACGGGCCGAAUCUCGACGGACCAAUUUGGAAAUAAAAGCCCCAUGUGUAAGCGCUAUCUCACCUCCUACCAACUGCGUUGACACAACAGAUGAAGACGAUCCCUUUGCAUCGGACCACUUCUCUAGCGUGUUUUCAGCCAAGGAUAGUCUCGAUUUGUGCACGUGGGUGGAGAAGCCAACGCAUUUUAAGAUCUCAGAGGAUAAGACAAUUUCAAGAAAGUCAGAACCUGUCACUGCGGCAGGAAGUAUUGCUCCCUUCCCCUUGGAGGAGACAAGAAUCCCUGAGAAGCUUCAUCCAAAAGACAGCCUUGACAUGUAUGUUCUUGGUGAUGUAGAUCCAGUCGAGAAGAAGCCCUUCAAGAAUGAGGUCAAAUUUUUGCUCAGGAGGAAGAAAACUAAGUUAGUUCAAGAGAAGAAAGAAGUGCCAGCAAUUGAUUGUCCUCAAUUGCUUCUUCAACCACAACAACAACAGCUACAGCAAAACAUGGACUUUGCUAGUGCCAUAGAAGAGUUGGCAGCUCAAUUUCAGCAGUUAAAAAGGCAAAACUCGAGUGUUGUUGAGAGUAGGGCAUUUUCGGGGGAAAAUAAAUGGGGUGAGGGAGAAGAUGGUAAUGGUACUGAAUACGGCUUUUACAAUGAGAAUGAGGAUUCAGUCUUUUUGGAUCAAAAUCGGCCUGCUUCUGAACCACCUCCAGAGAUAGUUCCUAAUUCGCACGGACAGGAGAGCGUGAUAAAUGAGGAACUGAUGAGUUUUCCACAAGUAAGAGUUUUCAUAACAUCACCAGACAGCAUUACACACACUCCUGUUGAGGAAUCUAGUCACAAUUCCCCAACUAUUGAGCAAACCUCUUCUCCUACUGAUGCACCUCCCCAGUUAGUGAUCAUUUCACCAUAUUCCACCGACGGUUCAAAUCACCCCUCUGUUGUUGGACCUGUUCCGACAUUCCCGAUGAAUGAGGCCAACCUAGGAGCCUUCUAUUGUGUGCUACCAAAUCAAUCGGACAAGCAAAAUCAGGUGCCUAAUUCCAGCCCCGAUUUAGCAUUUCAUUCAUUGCAAUAUGGUUCGGUAAUGCAUCCUGCCGGGGUUAGAAUCCCGACAUUCCCCAUAGUUACUGAACCCCACUUACAUUCCCUUGAAGUACCUCAGCAAGUUGUAUUUUUAAAUCCAAUGGAGAUGAGUCCAAGUUCUCCUGAUCCCAAUAUCAAUGAACUCCCUUCCAUACAAAUGCAAGAUCCGCCAACUAGUGAUUUCAUUAGUCCAGUAAUACAGUUCGAGAGUCAAAACUUCAGACCUAUUCAAGAUAGUAAUUAUGCAGCAUCUGGAGAGGAUUCCCUUGAAUAUAUACUACCUGAGAAUUGUAACAAAUUCCAAGAAGUAUUAGCAAACUCAGGACAGAAUUUAUUGGAAUGUAUUCAAUCCGAAUUGAUAACAAACAAUCAGAAAAAUACAGAGAUCUCUAACAGAAGUUUGAAGUUUGGAGAGGUUGUGCCUUGUAUAUGCACCCUGAAUCCCUCUUCCAACUUAAUCUCACCGAAUCCAUCCGCUUUGAUUAUGGAACAAGGGUUAAUCGGAGAUAAGCAGGAGAAAAUGUUUCGCAGUGAAAAUACGAUCUCAGGAGAAGCUGCUACACAAAGGAGCAACUUGGAGAAAACAAAGGCAACUCAUCCUACUCUUACUCACUCCUAUUCGUUAGAAAACAACAGGCAUUCUGACGACCCAGAAAUAAGGACGAAAGAUCUUAAGCAUAACAUCUUGACUACCAACUUGAGUUAUGGGCAAGCAUUACCCCUAUUUGCACUGAACACAACAAUGUCAACAACAACUGCUUCAGCUGAUUUACAUUUCCCCCCAGACACUGCUUUUAUAAGCGACAAUCAGGUGAGGAAAGCUGGUGAAUGCUCGAGACAGGCCUCAUCGCCUUCAGAAAAAGGUUCGUGCACAGAGAUUGAAGUAAUCGGUAUUGAUGAUGAGGCUAAUACCAGUGAAGGGGAACGCUGUAAGGUAGGUCAAAGUGCGGUGCUGAUUGAAAAAAUAUCCGAUUCUCUCGUGUCGUUUCUUGAGCUACAUUCGACGACGAGACAUUCUCUCUGCGAUACUAGCACAAAGAAGGAAAUACCUGAUCAGGAGGACUUUAACUUUGUGUCAAGCAUGACCCAAAACAUAAGAUGCAACAGAAAAGCAGACUAUGAAGUAUCAAUUUCAGUCAGUGGAAACUCGCAAACAGAUUUGAAAGUUCGUUUGGGAUCGGUGACUUUGACUCAAGAAGGCCAAUAUGAAGACCGCUCGGUUGCGACACCACCACAAAGGGAAAGCAGCAGAUGUGGUAACACUGGAGAAGUGGAACAGCUUCGAUCGGCAGAAGAGGACACUCUAUGGGUCCCUUCAAGCAAAAGCAUAAUUGACAGUGAAGUUCAGAGCGAAACUCUAAAGAUAAACGCCAGCACAAUUAGUGGGGGCGAUUUUGAAGAACCAGUGGUGAGUAGCAGUGGUCCAAAACUUUGUCAGGAGCAAAAUAACCCACCGGACAAAAAUUUGGAUGGAAACGAAUACAGUCCUGUAUCAGAAACAGAGGUUUUAGAAAUCCCACUCAACGUUGCCACCAAUAGAAACAGUUGUUAUUUUUUAAAUCGGGAUGGUCUGUCCCUGUCUACGGACUCAAAACAACGCGAAACAGGAGAGUACUCUGAUGUUUCCGGGUUCCAAAACGUCAUGGUGACCUCAAAGGUUUCACCAGCAGCCGCUCCAUCGUCAACCUUUCAAGCACUUAAUGUUGAGGUGAAAGCAAACCCCGCUUGGCUAUGCCAGGGCAUGUUUGUUCGAGCAGUGAAAACAAGGAAUGAGGGUGGGUACAUGGAGAAAAGAUCGAGAACAGGUGAAAACGAAAGCAUUUCAUCUGGCCCCUUCAUUUUUCAUGAAGAAAUUAGGAACCAAUCGAUCCCUUCCAUUAAGAUCAAUCACUCAGACGAAGUAGACUCCAGGAAAACCAAGGAUGGCAGAUUUAUUUUAGACUGUAGCAUGGAUGUACUUCAACCGUCAAAAGUUAAACGGGAAGAAAGUGAUGUUAUUGAUCACCUAGGUUUCAUAAGUAUUGAAGAUCAAAACGGUCCGAUUCAAGGACCCACCACUAGAACCCUGAGGCGGGAUUCCAAUUUCAUACAGCGUGAAAGCAAUAUCCCUCUAAGAACUUAUUUUAGAAGCACGUUACAGACGACACUCGAUUGUAGUGGAAACGGAGCUCACACCAUGAAUAGUCAGGAUCUUGCUGCUAAAAUAGAAAACGUCGGAAGACAGAAUGACGUAAAAUUAAAUGAGCAGAUCCAAGUCUUGGAAAAUAACGGACCUGUUGAAGAAAUACGCCCAAAACCACGUAAACUAGUUAAUUUGCCUGCCUCCAGCACUCCUGAUAGUAGUAGAAAACAAAAGCUCUCUCCAACUAGUGCACAGGAAAUGCCAGCACUUAUCUUCGUUCCUGGAACCCGACUGCCAACUGAAUUGAUGAAACUGUACGACAGCAAGACUGAUCAUCCCAGUGGAUGGUGUAUCAUGCCUCUUCCUGUCUAUAGAACACAGCACGCACUCUACGCUGCUUAUGCACAAAACUUCUCUGGUUUCAAAGUUUGA